AUGCGUCAAGGUUCGUAAAGUUUAGUUUAACCACUAUUUCUUGUUUAUUGGGGAAACGCAGUAGCUAGAUAAUCAAUGAAAUAAGCUACUAUAUUAUCCAAUAUAACUGCAAGCGAAAAAGCGGCCUAAGAUAGAAGAAUUACGAAGUUUUGUUGCUGCUUAUGAUGAUGAUGAUGAUGAUGAUGGUGGUGGUGGUGGUGGUGGUGGUGGUGGUGGUGGUAAAGGUGAUAAAAAGGAGGAGGAGGAGGAGGAGGAGGAGGGUACGUAUGUACGAAAAAAUCAAGAUCUUGCCUCAAUUAAGGUGGCUGCUAUCGAUUCCGAGAGAAGAUCAGGGGAACAAUUGUGCCUAACAAAGAGGCUGGAAAAAUCAAGCAACAAGGGUCGCACCUGUGCCCUUUAUUGACUGUCUUAGUUAGUAGGCUCCAAUGGUAAUUCCGUCUUAGUUUCAUACGAUUCAGUUGUCUCCUACUGCUGAAGCACAGUAGCCGGGUGGUCAAUUUCCCAAUUACUGUACAAUAGAUAAUUGCUGCCACUGAGAUGCAACCCAAUAUAAAAGAAUGUUUUAUAAUUGUGAGAUAGUAAUUAAAUUAUUUACAAAAAUGUAUGUGGAAGGACUUUCAGGAAAAAUGUUUAGAUUAUGAUUUUUGUCUGUAUUUUCACGUUCUGCAGGUAGUUACUGGCUUAUUACGUGCAAGUAUGUAAACGAUCUCGUUUUCAACGCUCUCUUUUAGUAUGUGCGUUGAUAAAUUUUACAUAAUUAAUUUUGACCCAAUUGUGGAAAACACCGCGACAUCUGUGGGAUACGAACCAACGAGAGUAAGAGGAAGGCCCGAGUACAGUCAACAUUCUAGUCCCCGAAGUACGAAGCUCCAGCGGACACAGUACAAGGAAGAAUCCACAAGGCGACUUCCAGGCUUAUUUAAUGUCAGGUGUUUUUGCAGAUUUUUAAAAAAAUUAUUAUAAGCAAAUUGUGUCGUUUGUUAAAGUCCCACCGAAGUCACCGCGUUUUUCACAGUUGAGCCCCAAUAAGCGUUCUUUAUGCAGCAAUGUAUUUUUCCUCGAUUACUUCUAAACACUUGGAAGUUCAACGGCGUUUGCCCUCCUUUCUUCUGGUUCAACUUGACUGCGUAAUUAGCACUGGGCCCAAUUGGGAAAAAUUAAGUUUGCGGCGGACUCAUUACAAAUGAAAUGUGCUUAUAUAGCCCAGAGUCACGAACGCGCAAAGUCCAUUACGUCGCUAAGGCGCAAAAUUUCGGUCAAUACCUCUUCAUUUUGUUGGCGAAACCAAAAGGGAAAAGUACUGUUGGACGUUCACGAUGUCAGAGAGAAUUAUCAAUCUGAACAAUGAAAACGCAAUAGAAAGCCUGAAAAUUUGGAAUGAUGUAGCCGGAGUCCCAUACCGGUUUAUGCUGGUGAAUAAAUUCUAGAAGUCGUGGGCGUAUGCGAAUUUCAUCGGAAGGAACGAGGUUACCAGCCUACGUCCUGACUGCAACAGGUUUGUGAAUGACAGGUGCCGAGCGACGUGUAUGCGCAAAAAAGCAGUAUCAGGUGACGUAAAUUGUGCGCCUUAGUCUUGUAGUACGUGUACAGAUUUGUUGCAGCUGAACAAAGCAGUAGUGUGACUCCUGUUCGUAGAUGGGAGUUUCGAAAUCAGAAGUGAACCACAAAAAUCCGAUGGAACAGGUUGCGAAGCAUGACCGUAUUGGUUGCCUCUCUUCAAGCAAGAGUUUAUUUGACUAGCGGACCAAAUCAAGCACCACCAACAUCUGGAAUUCGACAUUUAGAUAACGGGCGGCAGGCAUCAGGCCAAUCACCGAACAAUCUAGCUGUUAUUAGUACUGCCGCAGUUAACCACAACACUACCGGCAUACCGGCGCUAUAUUUUUUCCAAAAUUUAGUGCUUGGAAGGUGUGAACAGAAUACUGACGGUCGUCAAGUAAGUAGACGGUAAAAUUAAAGAAAAAUUGUUCAAUGUGCCUAUUGACAAUAAUAACGUUACAAGCAAGACCCCUGCGCCAUUCCACAUCAAGUUAUGACGGGCGUCGACAUGUUUGAUGCUACUUUUAAAAAAGCAAACUUCUGCAAGGAAACUGCCCACAUAUGUUGAAUUGACGAAAUACCUACAAAGGUGGUUUUCCUACAUCAGAUCAACGAUUGCAUUACGAGCAAUGAUGACCGAAGAUUUUGUUGUAACUGCAACUUUGUAAACAAAGAGUGCAACGUAGUUCUUCGCGAUGUCGACAUAAAAAUUAGUCGUCGAAGUACUCGCCUUAAUUAGAUAACUUCUCAAAACGUAUUUCGUGUGAGGUACAAAAAAGAAAUCACAAUCUAGCUAAUUUAUUCAGUUCGGUGCGACCAGAAUUAAAUGUGUUUCUAGUGUUUUAAUACUUUGUAAAACCACGCCGAUGAGGGAAGUAUGUUUAUCAAACUGUGGUUGUUUCUAAAGGUAGUGGUUUGUGUACUACAGGUAACAACCAAACAAGCUUCAAAGGUUUCAUAGCGGUAUGAAAUAAUCGGCCCGGUCGCAUUGCUGUGAUGUGGAAUAUAUUUCUAAUGGUAACUUUCGUUAGAUCAAAAUGUUUCCCCAUCGCUGGUCCACUCAAAGAAAAAUAGCUGAGAUUUUAUUUUCAUUUCAAGGACUCCAACCAAAGACCACUGGCAGAGUGGUAAACCACACUGCGCAGCGAACCCAACAUACGCGAACUCGCCGCGAGCUGGCUUGCUAGUAGGGUAGUAGAGGAUCUGCAGGCCGACUAUCAAAAGCCGGUUUAAUUUGCCACCUCAACGUCACACUCAUGUAGAAAGAUCUUUGUUACAUUUCAUCUCACGUUAGUAUAUCGGUUUUGUGUGAUUGCAGGCAACUCAAUAUGUUUCAAGCGUCUGCCAAAGAAACUCCGACGGCAAAGGAUGUAGUACGUACAGCAUCAUAAGUACUUAUGAUGCCGACUUCUGGAAACAAGGCAACAUAUCGUUGGCGUUAUUGGUUGAUUCCUUAUGCAUGCUGCAACUAAUUUUUAAAAAUAUUUGUAACUGUGGUUGGAGAGCAAAAACCCAGUGAAUGCAUUAACUGCAGCGUAUGUAUCUCGAAACAAAGUUAACAUAGCACCCCUGUCAGCACAUGUCCCCUUCACAGGUUGGGGUGCGAAGGGGGCUGAGUGGGACGUAGCCACUCUUGACUGGAGAAUUUUGAAGCGUGUCUGCAUCAAAUGUUAUGUCUUUAAAGAACCACCCAGUGUAUCUUCUUUGGCACUAAAAGGAUCUAAUUGAUCCAGUGUACCGUAAGGUACCUGCUGGUUUCGUAGACUUCCGGACAUUCUUCUAAUAGAUAAGGCACAGAUACGUUGUUCGUAAUUUCGGGACAAUAAACUGGAAUUUUGAGACUACCAGCCGACAUCUAUUGGGCUUCAGAAAGAGAACUCUUUCUGGCCAUAGCCCUUUCUGGGCCCGGGUGUUUGACGGGGCCGGAUAGGUUGGUGCUAGCAGGGGUCAUAAUGAUAGGUUGAUAGACAGAAAGAUUCCAUUUCAUGGAAGUUGUAUAGAUCCCCACAAUCCAUAUCUAUUUCGUCCCCUGACUCAGCAAAAAUAAGAUAUACGUAACCGCAAAACGUGCGUGUCAUGCAAACUUAACUUUGCAUUUAAUUAAAUUGUAAAAAAUCGAACAAUAAAUUCCAAGGAUGAACACAAAAGGAAACCUCUGUGCAUCUAGAUCACAAGAGUUCAUCACAAGAACGUUGCUGUCGAUCUUAAUUAAGUCUUCCUUCACACAUACACAUUCACUAUGUGGAUCCACUUGGCGACAGUCGUAGGGUCUGCGUUUAUUUAAAAAUGUAUACCUUAACCCAUGACCAAGACUGUAGCUGUAAGUUCCAUUUUCCACGAUCCGGUUAAUGUACCAGGUUAUAACACGAGUUAUUAAACCUGUCAAAAUUACUUUGUAAAUAUGUGUCCGGCAAAAGUUGAAAUGUAACUCGUGUUCAGACAGUCAAUCAAGUAAAACGCGAAGACCGAAAAUGACCUACCCACAAGGUCGCCUAUUCUAUUAUACACAACGUGAUGCAUUAGAACACGCAAAUUCAGUGAUCAGCCCGACUUCGCUGCACACGUCAAUGAAAGAAAGCUGCGUAUCUUUGAUGGUAAGCUUAGGUGCCAUAGGCGUAGUAUAGAACGUUUCUCUAGAAACCUCCGAAAGUCUUAUUGAAAGACUGGGCCUCGCAACUUCUGGCCUUGCAGAUCAUUUGCUCUCACAUACUGACCUCUCGUGCAUUUGCGUGUGCAUAUCCUGGUAUUCUUCGUUAUAUUUUUAUUUGCAAAAAUAAUCGUCUAUCUACAAUGCUGAGGGUACCCUACCCCUGUCUAAUGUAUGGCUUAUGAGCAAGAUUUGUAGCGGCGUUUCCAUUGAACUGAACUGAACUGAACACAGUAAGUCGAUAAGGUCGUUUUAGAUAAUGGUAAAACUCUCAAAUAUUCGUUCUUCCUCUCUUUGAGUACAACUGCCCUUUCUUUUGGCUGAUGAACUAUGUGAUCUUAAAAAUAUCGAAAAUUUUUAGAGAGUUCUCACUCAAAAACUCUUUUCCCAAGCUGUAUCCAGUAUUUAUAACACUGAAAGAUGUCAACUAGCGAACGUUAAGAUUCCAUGGAUUAGAAAACGCGAAGCUGGCCUUUGCUUUUUGCCCCGCCUUAACUGUAACCUCAAUCUUCCGCGCAUUAACCUUCUCACUCCGAGAUAUCGUUCCUAUGCCAUAUGUAACUCCUUUAUCUUCUGUCCGUCGCCUUGUUGUUCUACAUCUAAACGCCCCCUUCCUUUUACAUCCAGCAUUCAGUAUAUUUAAGAGGAACAGGCUUGUGACUUUGAUCUCCCUAUUUGCACAUGAAAAUCUAAAAGGUCAACGACCGCAUUAAGAAAUUCCAGAAACAACUGAAUGCAGGACGCUGGUCUUAUGGUUACGAAGUCAAUUAUUCCGCUUGUUGAUGUAACUUAUGUCUCUCAAGCCGAUAUUCAGAUGUCUCCGCCAGAACUUAGGUCAUCGUCUAAGUUAUGGGCCUCUAAGUUGAAAUUGCGCCAGCACCUUACACCGGAAACUACAAGUUCGUCAUUGAUCGUUUCAUUCCCGAACACUCAGCUUUUUGACCAUGAGAAUUGCCCUCCUGGGAUUUAGUGGUAGAGCAUACAAAUAUUCAAAUGGAAACUCUCACCUAGACUUUAAUAGUCGCCUGUUGUAAUUAGCUACUACACCCACUGUCAUUACUCCUCCCUUGCAGCGAUGAUUUUUGUGGUUUUUGAAGUUAUCUCCUCAUCUUCAUCCAAAGCCAUCUGCCGCUGAUUGCAUCGAAAUCCUCUAUAGUCGCAAUCUGCUAGUAAUUUCGUCAUUCAGCAAACGAGUGUUAUGGUCGCAUUUCCCCACGCUUUGAGAACGCCCGUAGCCCUUAAUGUCGCCUCCUUGGCUGAAAUCUAAGUAAAUUAUAACUGAUCGCGUCUCGUCACCUUGACUGUUGCUUCUGUUGUCAACACAAAAUAUUAUGAUGGCAUCUGCAGUGAAUAGCCUCAUACGGUCUAGGAAUUCCACCUAGAAGAUAUUCGUUUAGAACCCCUAUACACUACCACAUACAGGAUGUUCCUGUCUGACACGCAUAUUUACCUUUCCUUGAGUGACAGUUUUCUAUCCUUAAAAGGUAGUCGAAUCGAAUGUAAUUCGUCUUUAAUGGAAAAAGGGGGUUUUCACUGUUCGAUAGCCGCUUUUCAUGCCAGAUUGCUUAUUCUAUGAGCACGAACUGAACACUGUAUAGCGUCUGCCUACUCGCAUUAAACUCGAAAAUUUACUUUAACUUGCUGUAACAGGGGUAUUGAAUGACACAAUUCAUUAAUUCCUUGUUAGAAUAUCUCUAAGAGAAGUAACCGGGACCAUGUUGACGCAAACGCUCUAGACUGACUCCGUUUCGCUUGUAACCAAGCCCUUUCAGGAUUCGGUCCGGGUUUUUGAAUGUUAAACUUUCACUCCCAUUGUCAGUCCCACCCUGGAUCUACCAAUACCUAACAUCCCAGGCUUUCAUUCCACCCUCAUGAUGAACCUCCUCUGUCCCUCCGCAUUCUUUCGCGACGUAGAUCUUUUUCCUGAGGAUUCUUUUGAAAGUGACAGGUCCCUCAGGAUUUUUCACGGCCUUGUUCGAACUUCACCAUUGUUUUCAGAACUCCCGGUAUGGAAGUUGCAAUCAUUAUUUUCAAAAAUGUCAUAUGGAAAAUGCCAAAUCGUCGGCGGAAAUGAUAAAAUUCUAUAUUAACAUAACACAAUUUCUUACUUCUACUAUAUGUAUAGCCGCUAGCGAAGACCACCACUGUCUGCAUUGUCUGUAUUGAGCCAGUUGACUCAAUGUUAACAAUCUUUUGAUGAUGCCCUCUGAGCGCCUAAGAACAACAUUAGCACUUUUUCAAGCCGAAAAUAAGAGGGAAGUUGUUUGAAAUUGCACCCGGAACGUCGUUCACGUGAAUAAGAGAAAGAGAUAAUCCGAGCAGGCACCCUUGCCGGCUCCCGCCAUAAAUCGACAAUUCAGCUGAUGAAACAUAUCUAAUACAAAUACGCAACGACUCAUCCAGAAAUAAAGCUUUUAUUCCCGCAAACUCUAUUGCCUGCUGGAAAAGAUAAUUAACGGUUCUGCGAAUACUUAGUAGCUUAAUGUGUAGUCGUAGUCCAAUUCUAAAAGACUACUUUGAUGUCAGUACGCUAGUCGGGCACUUAAUUAAGGACCUAAUCGCAAGCAAAUAUUCACAACAGACAAUAACCAAAAUUAAGGAAAUCAUAUUAAAAACGAGAGACUAAUUUAAGUUCAUUUACGAAGCAGUCGGCGUGCCCAUGAUUUCACAAGCCAAACAAGAGGUAUUUACAGAAGGUCCUUUUGCUGCCAACAUACUGGACGAUUUUUCAGUGAAGGUAAAAGUAGUUAAUCAGUAGUCAAUUCGCACUCGAAUCAUUUCCUUGCUACCAGUAAACCGACUGGGAAUGGGACAAUCAAUGUUUAAAAAAGGGAAUCUAAAAAAUGAGGUGUAUUGAAUCUUAUUUUACACAUCGUCUGACUCCAGGCGAGAUGGGAACCCUAGUUUAUUUACUUGUAUGUGAUAUUUCGAUUAGAAAUUGAGCUUGGAGUGGCAUUUGCUCAUGCUCCCUGCGUUUUGGAAAUAGCCCGCAUUAAGGAAUGACUGCCAUUGACUCUGUUUUUUUGCAGUUUUUCGCAUAACACUGACUAUUAACCUAGAAAAACAGAUUGUAUCACGAGGCCAUACUUUAAGUUGACUGUUUCCUGCACUCGGACUUUGAACUGUAACGGUAGGGGUCGUCUCGUGAAUCUCGUCUUACCCUAUGCCCUUCCACCACACUUUUUGCCUCGACCUCUCAUAUUUUAUUCUGAAAGUGACAAACCGGAAAAUCAGGUUCCAGUUUAUUGCAUGAUAACAAUGGCGAUUUAAACUGACUCGUUUAUUCAAUCCAGCUAGCAAAAGCUCGUCUACAAGUUGUUAUUUUUAAACAACAGCGUUUCACUGACCCGUAAUUUACUCAAAUUCCUUCUCCAAAUGAUAGAUGGACUGUUUUGCCGAGUAAAUACACUAUGAUCAAGAAGAGUGAUGCCAUGUGGCGAAAGAAACCUGAUAUCAGGGGGCAUUUAGUAGGGGUGUAGAAAAGUAGAUAAUCCUAACUUUUUUCAUUUAUAAGAGGUGUAACGGGGAUAAUUUCUUGUUUACUCUGUGUCCUCAAUUACUUCCCACUUCUUUCGCAUUCAUCGCCUUUCGCAUCCGCCGUUCGAGUCACUUUUUGUCUGCCUCUCGAGAAUAACCACUGUAAAUUGUGAUCAGGAAGCCUUCCCUCAAAAACUUUAUAAUUUUUGCAGGAGUUUUUCGCUCCUUGUAAUUUAAAAGCAGUAGAAUACUCUUAUGGAGCGUCAUCUUUGACAUCCGCUGGACUCUUGUCGUCCAGUAAUCGUAUAUGUAGCAUCCACAAGGACGUGUUGAUUACAAUUUAGAACUUGCCUUUCGCCCGCUUUUCGGGUCUACUGAGAAUAACAUCAAACUCGGCUCAAGAUGACCGUAAAAACAAUUUGUGAAGUGGCGACCCCAAUUGAGCGGGCCGCAAAGUCCGCUGACACCAGAAAGCCACCAAAUUUAUUCGCGGAUGCACCUGUUUAGUAUUCACUCUGCGGCGCGUGCUUGAAGUCCGCCUUGGCUACCAACAAUUAACAGCUGUCCGUUUUCUUGACUUCGGCACUUUCUUCUAUUUCUUUUAUGAUGAGCAUUUGUGACUUAUAAUAGGGCUGGCUAGUAUUUCGACGUGAGCAAGCGUUUCUAUCGCUUCACUAUCACACGACUUCUUGCACGCAAAACUGGUUUCAAUUCGUUCGAUAUUCGGUGUGGCGUUCGACAGGGUGGUUUUCUCUCACCCAUGCUGCUCAACAACAUCACGGACUGGAUUUUCGGAAUGACUUUGCGCGACUUUGACAGUAUAAAGUUUGUACCAGGACACUGGCUGACCGAUCACUGUUACGCCGUCAGUAUUCAUCAGCCAGCACCAAGCACCAAGAAAAUUAAACAUUUUCGAGCUGCCUCUUUCGGUAAGAAGGAACACCUCUCAGAGUUUAUGCCUUUCAUAUUAAAGAAGUAGACAAUUCCGAAUUCUUCGGACAAGACGGCAAAAAAUACGGAAUCGUCCCCUGGAUCUUUUCUCAUACCAGGCUUACCGCGAUCCUUAGAAAGCUUCUGUGGACUCAUUGCGAUAUCCACAUCACCAGCAAGAUCCGCGUGAAUAGGACAUCCAUCCAGUCAAUCCUCUGAUAAUAAUAUUGGCGCUGGGCUGUGCGAGUGGAUGACAAGCGACGACCAGAGGCGUCUGAUCGCCCUUGAUUGAUGAUGCUUCCCCCAUCUAAGUACACCUUCGUCUCCGAUGAUGCGGUACGCACUCGACGCGACAACGUCAAGAGGAAAUAUCAAGUCGUCUGGGAAAGAAGAUAGAGCUAUCCUAAACCACUGGGGCAGCGCCUGUUAGCAACAGCAGAGGCGACCGCCAUCAGGUUGUGAAAACCGAUCUUGUGCGCACAGAAGAACCAUGUUCAGGCUCCGCGCCUACAGUGGUCGAGGGUAGACGAACGCUACAACUCUCCCGUGCCCUUCUGCUCUCACCCUGACACUGACUGCUAUAACCCCCCCCCCCCCACGUUCCCACACCCAGCCUGUGUCUUAAGGCGAACUUUAAUCGAUUUAUCUUAUCACUGACGUGUUUGUACUUCUGCCCCCCUUUCCCAUAUAGUUGUACUGGCCCGACGAGAAUUUAUCGAAAGCUACGUAUUCUCGCCACCGCGUCUUCAGAUUGAAAUGUGUUUGACACGGUUUUCGCCUUCUAUUUCGUGAGCUAAGUGUCUCUGUCCUUGAUCUGGCGUCUAUGCUCACCUGAGGACGUCGAAGAAGUGAUUACCUUAAAACUUGGCUGGACCUUGUCCGUCAAGACAUUGAGGGGCUCCUGAACCUUCAGUGUCCAGUCUCCAUCGCUGGAGGAGAGAGUGCAUCGGGCCCCUUAUAUGCUCUGUUACGGAUCGUCAUGCAUGGAAAGACGCAAAACUAAAAAUCGUCAAAGUUUAUUAGUUCAGGCGUGGUCGCAGCUGCACCUGACACGACUAGUCCAAGUUGUCGACAGGGUCCAUGUAGGAGAGUGAGUGACACGUAUCUAUAGGGAGAGAGAAAGAGAGAAUACGAUGUGGUAACUGUUGUUAAAUUCUGAGGUAUUCUUGUUUCAUGUCAAAUGGCCUAAAUGCACACAUCAGCCAUCAUUUUCUGUUUGUUCCGUAAUAAAGGCAAUUGGCUCCACCGGAGAACCCGCGUCAACGACCAACCCUGUAGUUUCAUCUGCGUUCUAAUGUGACAAAUUUUCUCCUGUAUUUUUUUCCUAAACUUCUCGAAACAAAUCUUCUGCAGGUGGACUCACUAUUUGUUUCCGUGGGUCUUUUUGCUUCGCAGCAAUCUCAAGCGAUCAAGUGCGAACGACGAAAAAGUCGCCAGUGGACCCUGCCUGCUAAUAUUGUCUGUCAGGCGUCCGGUUCUGUGAAUAUUACGCACCGUGUGCCCUAUGCCAUGGGGACGGUGAAAUGCAGCAGAAAACCACUGCCGCUGGAAGCCAAUCGUUCCGGCAGCGACUGUCGCCGGCGUCCGCAUUACGAAGUGGUUCAUGGUAUCCAGACGGAAGGCGAUAGCAGAAUUCGUGAGUCGUGCUUAGAGCGUAGUGCCUUCCUAAGGGCAUGAUCAAAAACAUUCAUGCCCUCGAUUUUGACCCUACGCAGCGUACGGGAGCCUAGCACUGGGCCGACCCAACGUGCAUGGUUAAAUGUGUCGUCGCCAGUAUGGCCAUCAUUGGAGUCCGAGGUAACCAAAUGUCUCAUACGUUGCCAAAAGCAGGUGUUUCUGGUGGCCAGUCUGUUCAGAGCAGCGAAGUUGGCAGACUUUCCAUCUACGCAAAAGUUUCUGUGUAUAUCAAAUAUGUAUCCCAUUCCCCUCGUCAAUAAGGUCACGACAGGACACAUCCGUAAAUUUUCCAGACCCUUUUCUCUGUAUCCCAAUCCCCCAUUGAGGCGUAGACCUACACAGCAGCCGCGAAGAUUCGCAAACGAUCCCGGCUACCCACGUAUGCGUUAAGUCUUUGGUCUGGUCGUUCGGAGCAUUUUCAACACCAUGUCGACCAAAGCUGUCCGUGUCACCGCUGUAGUAGAGAUGAAAGCGUUGCUUAAUACCUUGCCGCUGAAUAUUGCUCGAAGUAGAAUCUAACAAACUCCCCUCGUGGGCAGGCGACGUCCAUGUUGUGCUGUAUCGACCCUCUCAUACUUUGGUCGUCUGUUGACAAUACAGCAGUGCCACUGCUGGUCCGCAGUUGCGUACUUGUCAGGCCUGAUAGCUUACCUAUUUGGCAGCUAACCAUCAGUGAUGACUAUUGCACUGUUCGUUUCUGUCACAUGUACUUUAUGGACAUCAACCAGGCUAACGGCCGGACUCCAUCUUCCCAAACCGCAAUGACCGGUCAUCCGGCACUAUUGCUCCUUAAUUGAAUGCCUUCUAACUGCACAUGCCUUUGUUUAUUUGCAGCUAACUGUCGAUAUUGAUGCCUGACAAAACUGUUUACCUAGGGGACGGUUUUUUUGUUUUCCUCUAGAUGCUUGUGCCAAAAGAGGAGUUCUUCGCCACUGACAACAGACACGAGGUAAUUUGCCAUUUUCAUUCUAGUCUUUACUUGCAAUGCUUUACAUGCACGACUCCACCGCGUCUGUAGCAGCAGAAUUGAUAUUACCUUUAACGAUCCGAGUGGUCGCAAUUAUAUCUUAUUUUGGAGUAGGCUAUGAAAACGAGAAGACGAGCGUUGACGAACGGGGCUGUUUAAUGGAGGUUAAGAUUUUGCGUUGGAUGGCCUGUCGAUAACUCGGCAGUCUUUGAAGGUGUAGUGGUAACUUGCCUGCGCAUUUCGCAGUAUCCGCCUCAUUUUCUUCCCAUAUUCCAGUGACAAGACUGAGUGAGUGUCGAAGCCAGGUCUACGCGGGCAGCGCACGUGCCAAUCUCUGGUUCAAUAUGAUCGGAUUUUCAAAGGAAAUGUCCGGAGCACUCAUUCAGCGCAGUUCCCAUAUGGUCACGUGAAGGGAUAGUCGUUACAGCCUGAUCAUCUCUAGCGUUCAGGGUCGUGACUAAUAGUGUGUUUGGUUGUUUAUAGUGCGGAAAGUAAGUGUUUUCUCGACCUCGCCCGUCCGACUCAAGUUUAGUUGGAAUUCGAUUGACCGCAAAGAAUAACAUUAAAUGAAACCACCGUCUAACCUCCGUCUAACUCGGGCUUAGAUCUCACAGACUGUCCCGAUUGUUGUUUACUGACAAAGCAUCAUCCUCUAAUUUUUUGUGGGGCGGGUUAUUCCCAUCAGAAUAAUUUCAACUGCAUUUUUAUUGAUUUUCGCGAAAAUGGAUUUAAUGUUAAUCGGAACUGUCAAAACACCGUCUGCAUACAAUUAGUCGGAUAGCGCGCAGUUUUAAUGUCUGACUGCAAGCCUUAGUAUUCCUAGUGCAGUGUUUUAUUUCGUCUAGUAGGGCUAUGGUGUCAUUAUAUUGCAUAGGCACGCAUAACAAGUGCAAAAGGGGAACUUGUGGCAGCAGAGUCUACUAUGUCCGAGUUGUAUUAAGCACCCCAUUCAGUUGGCAUAAGUUUGACUUGCACCUGGGCGCCGCCAACCGUAGUGUCUGAUGACCCAAAUAUGGCUUUAGUCUAAACAAGUCCCACAAAUCGUUUAACUGUCAUCGUUGACUAUGCUCAAAGGUAGAUUAUUUGAAGCUGCCGGAGUGCUUGCUGAUUUUUUUUAGUAUUGUUACCCAGACGAGGACGUUCUUUGGUUGGAAGCCGACAUUGGAAGCUUAUUUCCAUCCAAGCUUUUGAAAGUCCUCGUUGUUCAAAUACUUUCUCAAAUGGCAUGCUUUUAGUUGAUACCCUAGCUUCAGCACUUGCCGUACAGAUUUUAGAAGGCUCUCUACCUCUGCUUGUUAUUCUGCCUAGCUGCUGAAGCGGCUGCUGGUGGGACGGGGGACCGAGCCCCAAGUCACAGCGGGAUAAGUGCGUCCCCUUACGUGAUAGUUGCGCGCUCCCUCGACUAUUGUGGACAACUACUAUUACAUUGAUCAAAAAUUCACUUACGCUUCCCAAACCUCAGUAAGUAUGCAUCGUCACAGCGAAUACCGUGCCUUAUUCGAGUCAGAAGACCUCACUUGCACAACUAUCAACACUGCAGGCACGAAAAUUUUCAUUAUCAUGUUUCACACCGCCAAAAAUGUCUUUUCUGCAGCAGCUCCUCCUUAGAAAGUAGGAGUAACAUUCAGUGAUCACGGUUUUUGCAUUUCUCCUUUUGCAAGUUGAUUGCGGUCGCCUCAUAUGAGUUCACUUUGCCUUUCUGUCCUGGCCCUGUAUCGCAAUCAUGAGGCCAUUGAAAGCGGACCGGGUAUUCUCACCGAUGUUAUCGAUCACCCACUGUUAUUAAACAUACUACUCGUCAUUACUAAGUACGGCGUAUUUUGCUCAUGUUUGCUGUUACAGCACGGAUGCCCAGGCACCUUUACUGUGCCUGUCAUUAGUGGACUUGCUGUCAGUUGGGACUCAUAUUUUCCUAAAUUAUUCUCAUUUUACCUAGGACUGCUACUAUACCGUCGGCGGUCGUAUCUUGUUUCCGGGAGACAGCAUCCCCUCUGAUGUGUCCCAUGUGGAAAAACACUUUCGCCUCCGCGGCGGCAAGGGCGGUUUCGGCUCAAUGUUGCGAGCCAUUGGCAACCAGAUUGAGAAGACAACGAAUCGCGAAAUGUGUCGUGACCUCAGCGGCCGACGGAUGCGCGACGUGAACGCUGAGGAGAAGUUGAAGCAGUGGUACGCCAAGGCGAGCGAGCGUGAGAGGGAAAAGGUCGAUCGUUAUUUGGAGCGUCAAAAACGUAGGCGAGAGACUUUGGAAAAGGGACCUCUCUAUGAUCACAAGUUUGAUGACCCUGAAUAUUUCAAGAAGAAAGCCAAGAUUUCGGACGAGUUGCAGAGUGCAGUCAAUGAUGGUUGGUCGUACCCUUUAUCACCGCACGGGCUAUUUCACGGACAACUUACUUUAUCAUCCUCGUAUUUACUUUUCAGCAUUGGAAAAGGUAGUCGCCAAUGCAAAAGCCUCAACCACAAGUGAACCUGGACCCUCCAGCGCACCGAAACGACAGCGUCUGUGGAUCGAACAUCUGGACGGUGAUUCACUGUCUUCGGACGACACUGACGAUUCCUCAUCCUCUGCCGAGGUAUCCCCGGACUCGGAGUCGGCUGUGGUCACCUCCUGCAGCGAGACUGUUGGUGAAGACACCUCGAAAGCAAUUUUGGAAGCUUCCACCACAUCCACCCCGGUGGUUAAGGACGGUUAGUUAGCCUCCAGACCGCAUUGCCGUCACGAUCCUUACUGAUAAACCACGCCUACUCUCACUUUAUAAGUAGACAUGUCAUCGAUAUUCACACUCCGAACUCUUAUUCCGGGCCAGACAAGACUUAAAUGUGCGAACUCGCACGGAUAUACAGAUGACAGGAUGCGUACGCUUGGCUAUUAUGUUUCGACCGCGACAUACUGUGGAGAGCAUUAUCUGUCUCAUAGGACCUCAAGUUGGAGUCCUGCGCUCGACUUCACCCUGAUGACGCGUACCAACUAGUGUCAAAAGGCAGUUAUUAUUCAUACAAUAGUAGGCGCACAUCGAUCCACUGGCCAACUAGGACAACCUAGUCUUUAUUGUGUGGCAGAGGACACCUGAAGGACACCACCUACCAGACCAAUUAAUCGAUGUGCGCCUUCGAACUGCGGUGACGGACGAUGCCAGGCAGUAAAGCACCAAGAAACUCCAAUUUUAUGAAGGGCUUCCAACCCAUCUGUCAGAUCCCAUCUGUUAGCCAUCUGUGCUGUGUACAUGUUUGUGCCCCUGGUCCUAGAUUGUGAUCAGGGCUAUAAUUGACUAACCGAGAAUGGAAAAGUUCGUGACGUCUCUGUGGCAGCCACAUUUGCCAAAAUUGUUAUCCUUUGAUAUUUUGGCAGAUUUUGAAUAAUUCAUAUUGACCCAACUGUGAAAAACUCGGCGCCUCGGUGGGAUUCGAACCCACGCAGUAAGGGGGAAGGCUUUAGUACAGCCAACGCUCUAACCACCUGAGCUACGAGGCUGUACUAAAGCCUUCCCCCUUACUGCGUGGGUUCGAAUCCCACCUUGGCGCCGAGUUUUUCACAGUUGGGUCAAUAUGAAAAAUUGUUACCGUUAUUUAACGAAACUGUGUUUCGGUGUUCUGAGCCAGCUGUUGACUUUCUCCCCUCGAGGCAUCUGUCAUUUUGUGUUGUGAGGAUUCUUCUGGUGAACCCCAUAACUUAUAUGACCCAGUGGCACUAGUGUUUUCCGAUGCGGAACUCGUUGCAUUCUUCCCUGUACAAUUUCAAAUGCGUGUGUCGAACUGCGAACUGCACUUGGUAGAUAUUGUAGCGAAUUCUCUUUCGCUUGAGACGCUCCCAGAUUUUGGUGUUAUUAGAAUUUCAAGAGAACAGUCUGCCUUUUCCAUACCUAACUUUUGCACUUUCCAAUCUAGAGAAAACUGAGAAAACCCCCGAGGAAAUGACCUCCUCUUCCACAGUCAAUCCAACUCCUGCGUCCGAACCGGAUCCGGUCCCUAGUCGACCCAUCGUGCCCGGCCUCACGGAAGAUGAACUCUCAGCGGCCGGCUCUGCCAGCGAACUGGAAUCCCAUGGGCUUGAGUGCCUAAAGCAGUCCCUUAUUGACCGUGGUCUGAAGUGUGGAGGAUCUCUGAAGGAGCGUGCAGUGCGCCUUUUCAGCGUUCGUAAUAUGGCACCCGCGGACUACCCUGCCAAGUUAAAAGCCAAGCCCUCCAAAUAA